CUUGAGAGGAGUAUAAUUUACAAUUUUUCCCGCCUCAUAUCGCCGGCGGCAAAGGACCAACUUCAAAAGGGCAGAAGGAACGCCGGCGGAGGCACAUUCUCUAAUCUCUACUCACACACGAGAAGAAACACUCAUCGGGCAAAUGAAUAGAAUGGACACUGAAGACCACUCAGAGAAAUUGCAGAAGUACCUGGAAAAGCACCACUCCGAGCAACUCCAAUCCAUCACUCUAGCUCCGGAUCACCGCCUUCACUACCCCCUCCAUGUCGAUUUUGCAGGGGUUAUGGACGAAUACCCCCAUAUUGCUCAACUGAUCUUCUCACAACCCGAUGAUUAUCUAUUGCUUUUCGACGAAUCUGCCGUUUUAGCGCAGAAGAAGGUACCUAGUCAGUUUGGAGAAGCUCGUUUUAAGAGCCACAUACAUGUCCGAAUUAACCCCUGCGGUUCUCCGCUUGAAUGUCCAGAAACUUUUCCAAGCAUUGGACUUGUGCGGGUUAAGCAUAGAGGGAUUCUUCUCACGCUCAAAGGGACUGUAAUUAGGUCUGGGCCUGUGAAAAUGAUUGAAGGGGAGAAGUUGUACCAGUGUCGGAGAUGUAAACACAGGUUCAGAGUUUAUCCUGAGGUGGAAACUCGAAAUUCCAUCCCCAAGCCUACAUCCUGUCCAUCACAGAAGCCUAAAUUUUGUGAAAGCACAAAUUUCCAGCUUGUGGAAGAUAGCAUGGUUUGCCGUGAUUAUCAGGAAAUUAAAAUCCAAGAAAGCACCCAAGUGUUGGGUAUUGGAGCUAUCCCUCGUUCCAUUCCUGUUAUCAUGAAGGAUGAUCUCGUUGACAUGGUUAAAGCUGGAGACGAUGUUAUUGUUACCGGGGUUCUCAAAUCCAAAUGGUCAGCAGAUUUAAAAGAUGUUCGCUGUGAUCUUGAGCCUGUAUUAGUUGCUAACCAUGUGAGGAGAAUAAAUGAAUUAAAGUCAGAAAUAGACGUUCCGGAUGACAUUAUUUAUAAAUUCAAGCAGUUUUGGCAAGAGUUUGAGCUUUCCCCUUUAAAAGGUAGGAAUGCCAUUCUAAGAGGUAUUUGUCCGCAGGUUUUCGGACUUUUCACUGUCAAGCUUGCAGUUGCAUUGACACUUGUUGGAGGGGUAGAACACAUUGAUGCUUCUGGAACAAAAGUAAGGGGAGAUUCUCAUUUGCUCCUUGUUGGUGAUCCUGGUACUGGGAAAUCACAGUUUUUGAAGUUUGCAGCCAAAUUGAGCAAUAGAUCUGUAAUUGCUACUGGGUUGGGAAGCACAAGUGCUGGAUUAACAGUUACUGCAGUUAAAGACGGAGGGGAGUGGGUUCUAGAAGCUGGUGCUCUUGUUUUAGCGGAUGGUGGUCUUUGCUGCAUUGAUGAAUUUGAUGGCAUGAAGGAACAUGAUAGGGUUACCAUCCAUGAAGCUAUGGAGCAGCAAACUAUAAGUGUUGCAAAGGCUGGUCUUGUAACAACUCUGAGUACGAGGACAAUUGUAUUUGGUGCAACAAAUCCCAAAGGACAUUAUGACCCUCAGCAGUCCUUAUCUGUCAAUACUACUCUCUCUGCACCAUUGCUAAGCAGAUUUGAUAUUGUCCUUGUUCUACUAGACACUAAGAACCCCGAAUGGGAUGAUGUUGUUUCAUCGCACAUACUUGAGGCAGAAACAAAGAGCUGCUAUUCUGAGGAGGAUCUGCAUAAUAUAUGGCCACUUCCUAUGCUUAGGCGGUAUAUCCACUUUGUGAAGCGAAAUUUUCAACCAGUCCUCUCCAAAGAGGCAGAAAAAGUUAUUUCAAGCUAUUACCAACUCCAAAGACGAUUUGCAACUGAAAAUGCAGCUAGGACAACGGUGCGCAUGCUGGAAAGUUUGAUACGGCUUGCUCAAGCACAUGCAAGGCUGAUGUUCAGAAACGAGGUGACUCAACUGGAUGCCAUCACAGCUAUCUUAUGCAUCGAGUCCUCCAUGACUACCUCAGCUAUUGUGGAUAGUGUUGGAAAUGCUUUGCACUCCGAUUUUGCAGAAAAUCCUGAUGAAGAAUAUGCCAAACAAGAUACAUUAAUCUUAGAGAAGUUGAGUUCCAUGGGUGAAUUUCCAGAUGUAAUCUCCACUGAUCGUUGAGCAAAAUAACGGGCAAGCUUAUCAUGCCACUCAAAGUAGCAGUCUCAAAGAGAACAUCUUUUCUUCUGCUUCCUAUUUUUUUGUUUUUUCAUUUCCAUAUCCACUGAGCCUGUGAAUAUAAAUGUAUAACGCUCAAGACAAAUCGUUCUUAUAUUUAAGAAAUCAUAUGAAAAUAGGGAGAACUAUCAAAUAAGUCAUCGAACUUUCAUAAAAAGUGCAAAUAAGCCCUUUUAUAGGAGGCUUUGUCCUGCUGUCUCCAUUUGUGGCGGUUUCUGGUGGAAGAUUUUGAUGAAUUUUUUUGUGCAUAUUCUUCACUAAGUCUAGUUUACCCAUACUGAAUUUCAGCUAAAAAUUCAAUCGAGAAGGCAGUCGAAUGAUUUUCGGAAAUAUACUGCGCUGCCUAACUGCGCACUUAUCUUCAAAAAAUCAUUUGACUUCCUUCCCUAUUGAAUUUUUAUGUGAAAUUUGGUAUGAGUAAACUAGACUUAAUGAAGAAUAUGUUAAAAUAAUUUCAUCAAAAAAUUUCACCGGAAACCGCUCCAAAUGGUGACGGCCGGACAGAGCCUCCUAUAAAAGGGCUUAUUUGCACUUUUUAUGAAAGUUCAAGGGCUUAUUUGAUAGUUCUUCCUAUGAAAAUAUUCAUAUGAAUGUGUACUUAUGGGUAAUCUACUGUUCUAUAUCCUGGGUUAAUCCCACUACGUCCUAAAACAGUAAAAAGGCCUAGAAUUUUCUUCCCG